AUGGCGCGCAUAAUAUAGCACACGAUCAUUCACAAUGGGGCGAGACCACUUGAGUAACGAUGAGUUCUUCAAAAGACUCGCCGACCUGUUCGAAUACACGCGCACAAAAGGCCACGGCAGCGUCUAUCUUGUACAGAAGCGCAUGACAUUCGGGACCUCAAUUACACCACCACUUGCUGAAAAGGUUGCCGACGAUCCAUUGUGGGAUACCCACCCUGCGGAGCCACUGCCCGUCCUAAUCCGCGCGCACAACAACAAAAGCACCAAGAAGGAAGGCACAGACAGGAAAAACAUCGACAAAAUCGAAUUGAGCACUAUCGUCCAGCCAGAUGAUUUAGACAGCUUCUAUGCGAAAUACGCAGAAGCAUGCAAAGUGGGCAUGUCAGGGUUGAAGAAGAGGGAUAAGAAGAAGGCAAAAAAGACGAAGAAGAAGAAGAAGGUCGAGACCAAGGUGUGAGGAUAGUCGGAUUUUACAUGUUCGUUUAUCGCUUGAGGAAAGUCAUGGAUUUUCAACGGCGGAAGUCAUCAUCGAGCUGGGGAAUGAGGCAGACAGCAUCGAUUGGAUGCCACCAGAAUAGAGCUGCUUGGAGCAGUCACAGGGAUGGUUCAGACGAACGUCAGGCAGAAUAAUACGGGAUGAUGCAGCAGUAGUCUGUAUCCAGAUAUAUUGCGCCUACGGAAACCACCAUCUCAGCAAAUUACAUAUACCCUCCCA